UUUUUCCAUUCGCAAAUGCUGGUGCGUAGUUCAGGGUCAAUCGGCCUAAAGUGUUAGCUUUGGCUCGUUUCCGAUUCAAAAUUUUGCAUCGUAUUAAACCCGAUUACCGUGUUGGAAAGUUUAAUCAUGAAAAUUAUAAACUGUGAAACUAUAAAACCCUAAGGAAGACUAGAUAAUUCUCAAAUUUGCUGAAAAUGUGGAGUCUAAAAUCAACUCUUUGUAUUGCUCUUCUCGUUACAUAUUCUGUUGCUCAAGACUCAACAACGGUUGAUACUACUGCUGCAACAACGGCGACGGGCGGAACAACUGCAACUGGUGGGACCACAGCUACUGGGGGAACUACUGUCAGUGGAGCAACCACUGCAGCGAGCGGAGCAACUACAGCGUCAACUUGUGCAGAUGAUCCGAACACAGAUUGCACCCAAUAUACCUCUUUGUGCUCAAACGCCAAGUAUACUCCACUACUCCAGCAAUUUUGUCCAAAGACCUGUGGAUUCUGUGGUGGUGGAUCCACUGCUGCUCCAGUCCAAUGCGUGGAUAGCUCAACCAACUGCGCCAACUGGGAAAAAAACGGCUUCUGCUCAUCGACAUUCUACGACUGUGCCAACAAAAAACAAUACUGUGCGAAGACGUGUAAACUCUGUACGACAACAUGCUGAUCAUCGGCCCGGAACCUAUACCCGGGCGAGAAGUGUUUUUCCGUCGAAAUCUGUAAAUAUUUUGCUCGUCUGGCUACUCGCUUCUUUCGUUUUUUAUCUCGGUUUCUUCUUGUUUCUUGCUCAAUAAAAUUGGGAGAAAAGUUCCGUUUUCAUUUGAGCCUCUGUUUUUACACGUGAUUAGGUCGAGAGAGGGAAGUCUAUGGAGAAACAGUUGGCCAAGCUUGCCGAGCCAUCUGUCAAUAUUUGAAGUUAUUUUUUUUUCAAUUUUUAGAUUUUAUCAACAGUGAAAUUUAUUUGUGUGAGUGUUUACAAGAAAAAUUUUAUAAAAAAGAACUUGCAAAUAUUUAUAUUGUUUUUUUUUCAUAAACCAUGAUGAAAUAAAGUGUGAUAUCUUUUAAA